AUACACUUCCCUUGGUAUCAACAAACAAUCAUGGAAGAGAGACACUUUAAAGAGCAAGUUUUUACCACUAAUUGAACAUAUAUCCUAAUACACAAUUGCAUUUGCUAGCGAAAGGGUAGGGAAAUAGGAAAGCGAACCGAGGAAAGAAUGUUUAAUUUCCGGCGAAAAUUCAAUCUUCGCUAUUACCUACCAGUCGUGCAAAAGCCAGAGGAAUCCGAAACAGAGCAAUUCAUUGUUGACGAUAGUGAACAAUCUAAAGCGACACGAAACCUUAGGAAGAGACCGGUGCUUCACUACACUGGAUUAAUUCUUCUCGGUCUACUCUGCACCAUCGGGUGGCUACUCGCUAUCGUCUUUUUCUUCGAAUUCCAUAUAUCAUCCAAAGGCGGGGAGGAACCACAACGUACAUCAUCGCUACCAGAUCUUGGAAAAGCGAAAAUCACAGUCGACCAAAUUUUGUCCGGCCAAUGGACUGAAAGUACUUCCAGACAUAUCUCCUGGGUUACGGGACCUGAUGGUGAAGAUGGCUUUCUUCUCCGUAGAGAUCCUCUAGGAAAAGAAGGCCUCCGUGUUGAUGAUUUGCGGAGUUGUUCUAUUCAAAACGAUGGACCAGUCUGUUCGAACAGCUAUAAUUUGAUGAAAUCAUCACAUAUCUUGGUCGACGACAAGUUGACUGAAAUAAACGAAGCGUUGCCUAGUCCUGAUUUGAAAAAGAUCCUUCUGUUAACGCACAAAAGGAAAAAUUGGCGGCAUUCCUUUACAGGAAGAUAUUGGAUAUUCGAUGUUGCGACACAGUCAACACAACCUCUCGAUCCUAACGAUGACUUGACGGAAAUUCAAUGGGCCUCAUGGUCACCCCGAUCAGAUGUGAUAGCAUUUGUGAGGAGCCAUAAUAUCUACCUACGACGGUUGUCAUCAAAGACUGUCACUCAAAUCACCACUGACGGAGGCGAAGAUAUGUUGUAUGGCGUGCCUGAUUGGGUGUACGAAGAAGAGAUCCUGCAGAUGGGUGGUGCAAUAUGGUGGUCCGAAGACGGAAGAUACAUUGCAUACUUACGAACCAAUGACUCUCAAGUGCCUGAGUACUCAGUGCAGUAUUAUUUUUCCAGACCCACUGGACAAAAGCCGGCGCUUGGGGAAGAGAAUUACCCUGAUAAUCGACGAUAUAAAUAUCCAAAGGCCGGAGCUCCAAUUCCAACGGUGAAUUUGCAGUUCCUGAAUGUGGACAAUAAUAGCAUUAUGUCAGUCGAAGCAGCAGAUCCCAACCGAGAACGUGUGAUUCUUGAGGUUAUAUGGGCCUCUAAUUAUAAGAUACUAAUGAAAGAGACCAAUCGGGAAUUUGAGAUUGUGCAAACUAUCAUUAUCGAUUUAGAGAACCGAAGCUGUGAGACUGUUCGGGUCGAUGACAUGCUAAGCCUGGAUGGCGGAUGGGUCGAGGUUCAACCUGCGCAGUCAAUGGUCUUUGUGCCUGCAGAUCCAAAUAACAAUCGCCCAUAUAAUGGAUAUGUCGAUAUUGUGGUACACAAUGGAUUCAAGCACCUGGGUUAUUUCACUCCGUUGACAAAUCCAAAUCCCGUCUUUCUAACCUCGGGACAAUGGGAAGUGGUAAACACUCCAACGUUCGAUCCCAAUGCCAACAUGGUCUAUUUUGUUGCCAACAGGGAAGCACUUACCCAGCGACAUGUUUAUGGUGUUAGAUUGCAUGGAUCGUCUGAUCUGAUUUCAAUCAGUGAUACGUCUGAGCCUGCCUUCGUCAUGCCUUCCUUUUCUCCAAAGGCAGGAUACGUGUUGCUUUCGUACACAGGUCCUUCGAUUCCGUGGCAAAAGAUCAUGGCCACUCCGGACAACAUGGAUGGCUCUCAAUAUACGGAAGUAAUCGAAACCAAUGAGCAGCUGAAAGAAAUGGUCAAGACACACGCUUUACCAGAGUUACUAUUCGAAACCAUAACAAUUGAAGGUUUUACCCUGCAGACGCUGGAGCGCCGGCCCCCUGGCUUUAAUCCGUCACAGAAAUACCCUGUCCUAUUUGCUCCGUACGGAGCAUCGGAUUCACAGUGCGUUGACCGUCAAUUCACUGUGGAUUUUAAUUCGUAUUUUGCAUCUCUAGGUUACAUCGUGGUCACUGUCGACGGGAGAGGGACCGGGUUCUCUGGCCGAAAAAUGAAAACUAUGAUACGGGAAAAUCUCGGCUACUGGGAGUCUCAUGACCAAAUCGAAGCGGGUAAGCUAUGGUCCAGAAAGCCCUAUGUGGACGAAACUCGCAUGGCAAUUUGGGGUUGGAGCUACGGAGGUUUUCUGGCUCUCAAGACUUUGGAGCAUGAUGCUGGCCAGACAUUCCAGUAUGGUAUGGCUAUAGCACCUGUGACAGAUUGGAGAUAUUACGACAUAUGAGGAUGCCUCAACACAACCCAGUCGGAUACGACAACGCAGCGAUCUCGAAUAUGACAGCACUUAACCAGACAGUACGCUUUUUGCUCAUGCAAAGUGCGGCGGAUGACAAUGUACAUUUUCAAAAUUCCUUGAGUUUGAUUGACAAGCUUGAUCAGGCUGGUGUUGAAAACUACGACGUGCAUGUUUUUCCUGAUUCGACGCAUGGAAUCUAUUUUCAUAACGCGCACAGAGCUGUCUUUGAUCGUCUUAUUUAUUGGAUCGUGAACGCUUUUGACGGUAAUUGGUUGCAAACAAGACUCGCAAUCCCUUCUUAGUCCAUCAAGAUCUACCUGAAACCCAUUUUUUCCCUCCGGACUCUUCUGGGCCUAUUGAAACUGGAAUGUGUUGAGUAUAUUAUACUCUUGUUGCUUUAGACUGCCUGACAAGUUUGUUUGGAUAGAGG